AUGGUGGCUUUUUUCGUACUUUUAGCAGCUAGGGAACGAGAGCUACAGCUACCUUGUCUUAGGAUAGGAAAGGCAAGGACGGUCCGAUUAGAGGAGGAGAGAGGUGUUGGGGGACAGCCUUCCUCUUGUGGUGUUGUGGAGCGUUAUCUGCCUUUACGGGUUCAUCCCGCUAAGGAAAAGCUCCGGAUUUUGUUUGAGCCUUUCUCCCUACUCUUUAACCGGAAUAGCUAUAAGCGAGGAAUCGCUGGAAAAGGCAUGAUCACCGGCGAUACAAUCGAAGGAAGGAACGCCGGAAGAGGUCAAACUUCGCACAGCGUAGGACACAGCAAGACGUCAAAGAGUCAGAUCUUACGUCAGCAACAGCAACUCCAUCAACUACAACGACGUAGGCGAAAAGAGGCUUUCUUAGCUACCACGUCCGGGCAAGAGCUCGCCGCCUACAAGGCUGAUCCGAGGCAGCAGCAAGAUCCGGUAUCUCAAGAUGGAAAACCAUUGGGAGACCCAGUGUUUCCACCCUUCACUAAUCUCGACAUGGGAGAAGGAGUCACGGCAGCUCCUAUAAUAGUUCCGAGUCGGACAGAUGAAGGGACCAGCUACAUUCACCAGCAGCUCAACAGGACAAAUACAGCUACCCAUCCACCAUACUAUGAGUUGCACUACUCAUGA